AUGAUGGUACCUUGCGCUGAUGAUGUUCAUCACAUGACGGACGAAAGCUUAACACCUUUUCACUGGAAACAGCGUCAGCAUGAACUUUUCAGUAAAGCCAAUCGACAGCUGGUCAAGAGGAAUCUGCCGUCGUCUUCUGGUGCAAACGACCUUCCAAUAUGUUCACUCGAAAUGGAAUUCAAGCGAUGUCUUCGGAAUGGGUCUGGACUUGUCGUGAAUGUAAGCGAAGUUGGCUUAAACCUGCAGAGCUACAUGGCCACGGCGCUCGGAGGAAGACGACUUGUCGACAAGCCGGCCCCACUUCUUCGACAUGUGGCCAGGCCUGUAGCGCCAAGUGGACAAGCGAAUCGGCCAGACUGUGAACAAGGCCAGUGCAUGUACACUGAGAUUGGACAAUAUCAGAUACGCAAUGUCCAAAAUACAGGACAGCAAGCCUCCAAAAGAGUGUUGGAAACUGCUGAUACCGAUUCAGAUUUUAAUGCCGAUUCUGCUACUGACCAUGAUACCGAUUCCAAUCCUGACUCUGGAGAAGAUUCUUUUUCUCGAUUCUGA